AUGGCUUUGUCUUCUGCCAAAGCUCUGUAUUCGACUACUCUCAUUCUUAUUAUAGCAUUUGCCUCUUUAAGUAAGACGAUUCGGGGUGAGGAAGAGGAAGGUGAUGGUGGUGGCUACUUUGGUCGUUGUGCGUAUCAAUGGAGGGGUUGUGGAAGCUUCUUGGGUAAGAGUUUUGGUGGUGGGGGUGUUGGAUAUGGAGCUGGAGUUGGAGGAGGUUUUGGCAAUAGUGUUGCGGGUGGUGGUGGUGGUGGAAGAAGAGGUGGUGAUUCAGUGGAAGGUUUAGGCCAUGGAGAAGGGCAUGGGGAAGGUGCCGGAGUUGGAGUCACGAAUGGUGGUACUGUUGGUGGAAGUGGUGGGGGUGGUGGUGGUGGUACGGCAGAAGGAUUAAAUGGUCAUGCUGAAGGGCAUGGACAAGGUGUUGGUGGUGGUCUGGGAACCACAAGCGAGAUUGAUGCAGGAGGAAGUGGAGGAGGUGGAGGUGGAGGUGGAGGUGGAGGAGUAGGGGGUUCGACAGAAGCCUUAGGAGGUCAUGCUGAAGGACAUGGACAAGGUGUUGGUGGCGGUAUGGGAAUCACAAGCGGCAGUGCUGUAGGGGGAGGUGGUGGAGGUGGAGGUGGGGGUUCAACGGAAAGUUCAGAUGGUCACGCUGAAGGACAUGGACAAGGUAUUGGUGGCGGUAUUGGAGUCACUAGUGGUGCUAGUGUUGGUGGAGGAGGAGGUGGAGGAGGAGGCAGCUCUAUGGAAGGUGUGGGCAGACAUGUUCAAGGACAUGGACAAGGAGUUGGUGGUGGUAUUGGAGUCACAACUAGUGGUUCUGCUGGAGGGGGAGGUGGGGGAGAAGGAGGUGGUUCAACGGAAGGGUUAGGGGGACAUAGUGAAGGGCAUGGACAAGGUUUUGGUGCAGGUGUUGGAGUCAACAGCGAUGGUGUUGUAGGUGGAGGUGGUGGAGGAAGAGGAGGAGGUUCAACAGAAAGGUCAAGCGCAUCUGUUGAAGGACAUGGAGAAGGGUUUGGUGCUGGUGUUGGACUUUCAGGUCAUGAUGCUACCGGUGGAGGUGGCGGUGGAGGUGGUGGAGGAGGAGGUUCAACGCAUGGUAUAGAUGGUUAUUCUGAAGGGCAUGGAGAAGGUAUUGGCGCCGGUUUUGGAGUUGGAGGUUUUGGUGUAGGAGGAGGAGGAGGAGGUGGUGGUGGUGGUGGUGCUUCUGCACAAGGUUUAGAUUAUGGACAUGGUGAAGGUGCUGGUGGUGGAGUUGGUAUUUCAAGUGGAGGAGGUGGAGGUGGAGGUGGAGGUGGAGAAGGAGGAAGUGGAGGCUAUGGUGGGGGUUAUGGUUAUGGAAGUGGGUAUGGGGGAGGCAAUAGCGUAAAAAGUUUUGGUGGUGAUGGAGGUGGAGGUGGUGGCGGUGGCGGCGGUGGAGGUGGUAGUGGUGGUGGUUACGGUACAAGAGGGUUUGGUCAAGGUUUUGGUUUCGGUGCAGGCUUUGGAAUAAGUGGUGGUAGUACGGGUGGAGGAGGAGGAGGAGGAGGAGGAGGAGGUAGUGGUAGUGGUAGUGGUGGUGGUAGUGAAGGAUAUGGUCAAGGACAAGGCAGCGGUUUCGGAACAAGUGGAGUAGGUAGUGGUUACACCGGAAAAAAUGAUAAAAGUGGAAGUGGUACUAAUUUGGGGUACAGCGGCAACCAAGGAAUGGGCAUGGGAUUUGGCAUGGCCUUAAUAUUCCCUCCAAUGCUUCAAAUGCAAAGCACUAAGCACUCAUUCCAUCCCAGACUCUCAUUUUCUCGAGAUCUGGAAGAAAACGAAACAAGUACUAAUCUAAUCCACGAAUUUUCUUGCAAAUUGGAUCAUUCACCCGCUUAUUCCGCCUUCGAUUUCGAUUUCGAUUUCAAUGUAGAUUCCAAUGUUGUUUCCCAUUCAUCAGUAGAUGAACUUUUUUCUAAUGGUAAGAUCUUACCUAGUAGUGUAAAGAAAGAAGAAAUCAAAACCUGUGAAAUUCUACAACAAAAAACGGUAACCCUAACAUCCUUUUUGGAUCUUCCACCUACCUCAGAGACGAAGAAAAAGAGUUUGAGAGAGUUUUUAGAAGAUAGUAUAGAUGAAGAAGAACCAAAAAAGCUAAAUCGUUUUGGAAAUUUGGAAGAAGUAAUAGUCUGA